ACCGGCACCGGGACCACCGGGAGCGGCACCGGGAGCGAGGAGGCGGCCGCGGCGGGGGCCGCGCCGCGCCAUGGCCCAGCAGCAGAUGAGCAGCUCGCAGAAGGCGCUGAUGCUGGAGCUGAAGUCGCUGCAGGAGGAGCCUGUCGAAGGCUUCCGCAUCACCCUGGUCGACGAGUCCGACCUCUACAACUGGGAGGUGGCGAUCUUCGGGCCCCCCAACACGCUCUACGAGGGCGGGUACUUCAAGGCUCACAUUAAAUUUCCUAUCGACUAUCCAUAUUCACCACCUACCUUCAGAUUUCUGACCAAAAUGUGGCACCCCAACAUUUAUGAGAAUGGAGAUGUAUGUAUUUCAAUUCUUCACCCACCUGUAGAUGACCCACAAAGUGGAGAGCUGCCAUCAGAGAGGUGGAACCCUACCCAAAAUGUCAGGACUAUCUUACUGAGUGUAAUCUCUUUGCUUAAUGAGCCCAACACAUUCUCCCCAGCCAAUGUGGAUGCAUCAGUCAUGUUCAGGAAAUGGAGGGACAGUAAAGGAAAAGACAAGGAGUAUGCCGAAAUCAUAAGGAAACAGGUUUUGGCCACCAAAGCUGAGGCAGAGAAGGAUGGUGUGAAGGUCCCCACUACACUGGCAGAGUACUGCAUCAAAACUAAAGUGCCUUCCAAUGACAACAGUUCAGAUUUGCUUUACGACGACUUGUACGACGAUGACAUUGAUGAUGAAGACGAGGAGGAGGAGGAUGCCGACUGUUACGAUGAUGAUGAUUCUGGCAAUGAGGAGUCGUGACCUGCUCCCUCUAUGCCCCUGUACUGCCCUGCCGACUCAGGCCAGAAGGGAGCAGCGGUAACCUAGCAGCAGUCCAGCAAAAAAGUGGGGAGGGGGGGGGUGUAAAAAAAAAAAAAAAAAUAAAAAAAAGAAAAAAAAGAAAAAAAAGAAAAAGAGAGAAAAAAAAAAACCCAACACAAAACUUUGUCUCCUGCUGUCUCCUGUUGUAUGGAUCUGUUUGCUCCUUUUUUAUGGACCUCUUAGAGACCCUCCACAGAAUGUCUGAAUUCUUGCAUUCUUAACCCUUUCAUCACUGUAUUACAAUUUCUUUUUAAAAAAGAAACUCCCCUUUUCACUUCUCUACAAAACGCUCACAGCAAAACAGGUUUGCUCGUGUUUAGUUUCUUGAAUUAAAUACAGUCUUGCAUUGAGAUGUUUAAUGUAUUUAAAGCUGGAACAAACCCAUUGGAAGCUGGGUUUUUGGGAGCUCAAAGUGCUGCAUUUACUGGGAAGAAAAAAAAAAUCCCCACAAAGCAAAUUGCCAAGGUUUAGCUGCUCCAUUUACAAUAAUAGCGUGUGUACAUUCGUUUAGCCUUGUGGUGGUGGCUUUUCCUUUAUAAGGUGUGGGGCAGAGAGUGUAAAGCUGCUGUGUGUUGAGCUUGCUGGGAUGUCAAUGAAAGGUACAGUAUUCCUUUUCAGCCUGCUAAGUUAGGAAAUAGCCCUUGGAGCCCCAGAGGGCAAAUCACCUUUGUCUCUGGAAAGGCUUGUGAUAUGAACCCUAAAAUAAACACUUAACACUUCACAUCUGUGGAACUGAGCCCUGGGUUCCUAUUUUGUUUUGUUUUGUUUUGUUUUUUUCAGCCUAGGAUAGGGUUGAACAAGUUCAGUUUGGGUGUUCUGCUGUGAUCUGCUGCCAACUACCCCUCUCUGGAGGGAAGAGAGCAGAUGUGCAUCCAGCUGUCGGGAGGGCCACCAUUCAUACUGGACUUAUUUUUGGCAGUGGGACAGACCAGCAGCCUCCUGCCCCGUGCUGGCUGGAAUCCCUUGCUCUCUGCUGCCCCAGCCCUGUGCAGCUGGAGCUGCCUUCUGUCAUCUGUGUAGGUCACCUGUGGGCAGGUGCAGCUCAGCACGGCCAAGCUUAAAAACACUUGACAUGUACUUGCUUAGCGGUAGGUUAGUCUACACAGAAAAGGUAAUUAACUAUAUAGGAAAUAAAUAUGCUUAUGAUUUCAAACAAGACAAGCCAAGUGCUACCAGGGUGAGAUCCUAGCUCCCUGAAGAUGUCUGGAAUUCUGCCCUGCUUUCAUUGGCAUUGACUUCCAUCCUAAUUCUCUGUGUAAAUGUGGAAGCCGAAGUUAAUGCACUGGAGUUUCAGCUACACUCAGCAGAGCUCCUCAAAGAGUGGAAUCCUCUUUGUUCUCCUCCAGCACUUGCAUUUGUAUGGGAACAAGUUCUUUCAUGUGGUUUUUCAGCAGAGUGGUAAGAGGUAGCAAAGACUAGGGGGGGGUUGUUGUUUUUUUGGGUCUUUUUUGUUUGGGUGGUUGGUUUGGUUUGGUUUGGUUUUUUUGAGAGAGAGAGAAGUACUUUGCAUGCACUUCCCAUCCCAGAGGAAUUCAGAGAAGAGCGCCCUGGGCCGGCAGAGUUCGGAACUCGCUUUGGUGCCCGCGGAGGGUGGACGUGUCUCUGCAGGGCAGAGGUGGGCACUGCUGGGCUCUCCCCUGCCCGGCUCCAUGGGGCGCAGCAACCCCACAGCAGAGCAGACCGGCAGCAGGUUUUGACAUACUCUUCAGCAGUGUGCUUCAGCUUCUGCCCCGAGCUCAGCCUCCUCCAUGUUUUUGGGAGACCUUGGCAGAGCUUAGGGCAGGGGGAUCUGCAUGUCCCUGUCUCAGAACCCACUUCUCAGGCCCUCGGCCCUCCCCCCAUUGCAGUGUGCUCGUGUUUGGCUGUGGUGCGGUGCCCCAAGUUCCCCUUUCACAUGAUCCCUGGAUCGGCAGCCGGGCCUGGCAGCCCCGGGAGCAGAUCAGAGGUGCUGGCCCUGCUUGGGUGAGACCCUCGGUCUCCACAGGUACAGAGGCAUCACUGACCAGAGCCUGCACCUCCCCUCCGUGUAUCUCAGGGUUUUCCAUGGUACGUCGCCAGCUGCGGGUCCCUCGGGGGUGCUUCGGUGGGAACAGGCUUUGUUCUGGAUCCGUUCCGUGGCUGUCUCCUGGGGCGAGACUGUACAACAGCUGUGAGUGCACUGUCUGGAGGGAGAGGGGAGGAGGCUUUCGGGGCUCCUCAUGAAGUGAGCGAGGCAUAUCUGUUUCCAGAGUGUUGCUUGGCUGGGUUUUGCAAACACAGUCCCUGCCCCGGCGGUGCAUCCGCAGGUAGUGAAGGCUGCCCGAGUGGCUAUUCCUUGCGCCCAGCGCUCCCUCGGCCACCCUCCUACUUGCAUGUUACCUGGGAAGGCAGCUGCACUGUCCUGAAGUGUCAGCCUUCUUCCAGCCAGGUUCUUUUGGGAGCCUGCAGCGGGGCUCCCCUGCCCCGAGUGACGCGGGAAGCGCAGCACCUCCAGCUUCACACCAGCCCUGCCAGGGCAGCGCCGGGUUGCAAAUUGGCCCCUGAUGCUCCCGGCUGCAGGACUGGAUUGGGGGCCACACCAGGGCAGGGGCACUAACCUCCAACUUUCAGGCGGCUGUGGGGGGUGAAGAAGAGUGUGGCAACACUGGCUUUACUGAUUACUUGGUUGGAAAUGAGGAUACUGCAUCUUUCAGGACUUUCCUUGUACUUUUGACCGUCUUCACUGUAUACUCUCCAGUGACUUGUAUUUCCAAGCUUGGUGUUGUAAGAUGCAUUAUUAUGACUCUUCUGUUACCCUUUUUUAAUGACAAAAAAACAACAUCUUUUGAGAGCUCCGACAUUAACCAGACUAAUUUCUCUUCCCCACUGUCCUGUGCAGUGUCAUUGCUUGUUGACUUGCUGGUUUCCAUUUUUUGAGAUACAACUGAAGUAUGAGGGGAUUUUUUUGAAAUUAUUUAAGAGAUUGCAGAAAAAUGUUUACCUGCUCUGUGUAUUCUGGGUUUUUCUUAACCCCUUUUUUCCUGUUUCAGUCAAUAUUAGGGUUUACACUUGCAACUAUGUGUCCCUUCAAAUGCAGUUUUCAACCAUUCUGAAACCAGCAGGGUACACUAGAUUUCUUAGUAGUUUUCUUAGCUGAACUCCCAGAUAUUUUCCUUUUUUUUCUUCAGUAUAAUUUACCAGAAAGAAUUAACUGAUGCAUUUUUUUUGUGUUGUCUUCUCCUUCAGUAGUUAUAUUUUGUCUUUUCUGCACAUCUGUCUACUAAUAAAAAUGUGAAAU